AUGUUCCACUCGCCACGGCCGGCAGCUGAGGCCGUCGCAGAACGCCUCGGCCUUGGGGAGGUGGAGAUCGUGGGCCUCGUGGAGUAUCCGUUCUCAGGCAUUACGUGGCUGCGCUUCCUGCUCGCCGCUGCGGCCGGGCUGCCCACCUGCGCGAUAUACUCCGAGCGCGGCAUCUCCUGCUCGGUGCCCACAGUGGAUCCGAACUCCUUCUGCCCUUGCACGGAGGAAGACUUGGAGCAGCUGAGCCCGAGAGGCCUGCCGCUCGGGAAGGACAACUGGCUCAACGUGACGCUGCCUGGCCCCGGGCCGGUCGAGUACGUGCCCGGCACGCGCGUCCGCGCCUGGGUGAGCCCCGUGCCGCCGCCGCUGCUGAUGAUGACGGCUUCGGUGCGGGAGCCAGCCUUGCAGGUCGAUUUCACGAACCGCUGUCGCAGUAAGUGGGAGGAAGCACUGCAAAUUUGUCUCUUGACGAAGCUGCGGUGGACGUCGAAACUGCUUUUGACGCUGCGACAGAUACUCUGCGACACAGGCCGCAACCUGCCGGUCGUUCCCGCCGAGGGGCCCGUCUCGCUCAAAGCGGCGGUUGCUUCUAUCAUGGCCGAUACUUUCUUCUGUGCCACGUCCCGGGAGCUGGACAAGGUUACCCUGGAGAUCCGCCGGAUUGUCUCUGCAGCCAAAAGUUGGCCUGAGUAUCUUUGGCUCGUGUACAUCGGCCGCAAGACGUACUCUUUAGACGCCGUGUGCGCCCUGCUGGAAGGCCCUCACAGACUCAAGUACGAUCGUGGCUACACCAUCGACCCAGACGCCUUGGACCACCUGCUCGACAACACUAGCCUCGGUGACGGCAUCCUCCACGGUGAGAGCAAGAUCGAGCUCCGCAUGCGCAUCAUCGCCGUCCGGGACCUCCUGCACUCUCUGCCGCGAGGGUUCCUCGACGGGGCUCCCGACGACCUGGCACAGACUGCGCGCGUACUCCUGAAGACCUCCGAGAAGAAGCCCGGCACCCCCGUCACAUUCAGUAUGACGGAGACCGCGGCCCGCCAGUGGCCAAGCAUGACUACGACCGACCGUCUCUGGCAUUUCUUCAUGUCCAUCGGCGGGACGAGCCACUUCCACGCCUGGCAGAUGUGUCUCGACUGUCCUGACGUGAUUUGCGACGCCUCUCAGAUGCGAACCGUGGGUCCCAGUUGCUACUCCUACCUCCGCCUCGCCUACCCGGCCGUGGAAUUCCCUGCAACAUGGAGCUCUGCCCAGGGCCAGGACCUCGGCGUUCGCCUGAUCGACCACCUCCGUACGCGCCCGGAACUCCAGGGCCUCGAGUUCCCAGGCCCCACGCUCAGCUUCAACAACACCGUCGUUCCCGCCGAGGGGCCCGUCUCGCUCAAAGCGGCGGUUGCUUCUAUCAUGGCCGAUACUUUCUUCUGUGCCACGUCCCGGGAGCUGGACAAGGUUACCCUGGAGAUCCGCCGGAUUGUCUCUGCAGCCAAAAGUUGGCCUGAGUAUCUUUGGCUCGUGUACAUCGGCCGCAAGACGUACUCUUUAGACGCCGUGUGCGCCCUGCUGGAAGGCCCUCACAGACUCAAGUACGAUCGUGGCUACACCAUCGACCCAGACGCCUUGGACCACCUGCUCGACAACACUAGCCUCGGUGACGGCAUCCUCCACGGUGAGAGCAAGAUCGAGCUCCGCAUGCGCAUCAUCGCCGUCCGGGACCUCCUGCACUCUCUGCCGCGAGGGUUCCUCGACGGGGCUCCCGACGACCUGGCACAGACUGCGCGCGUACUCCUGAAGACCUCCGAGAAGAAGCCCGGCACCCCCGUCACAUUCAGUAUGACGGAGACCGCGGCCCGCCAGUGGCCAAGCAUGACUACGACCGACCGUCUCUGGCAUUUUUUCAUGUCCAUCGGCGGGACGAGCCACUUCCACGCCUGGCAGAUGUGUCUCGACUGUCCUGACGUGAUUUGCGACGCCUCUCAGAUGCGAGCCGUGGGUCCCAGUUGCUACUCCUACCUCCGCCUCGCCUACCCGGCCGUGGAAUUCCCUGCAACAUGGAGCUCUGCCCAGGGCCAGGACCUCGGCGUUCGCCUGAUCGACCACCUCCGUACGCGCCCGGAACUCCAGGGCCUCGAGUUCCCAGGCCCCACGCUCAGCUUCAACAACACCGAGCACUGGACGUGCGAAUCCGUGAAGGCGACCAAGGCCUUGCACAACGACGGCCUCCUGAUCCGCGUGGGCGAGAUACGGCACGUCUUGCAGGGAGGCGCUCUGGCGGUGCCGGCCAGCGGCAAAUUUCGAACGCGCCGGUUCCGCACCGGCUUGGCCGCGCCAGACCCCUCCUCCAUGAGCGGCAGUUUGAUGUACGCGCCACGGACCACCAGCCACGCGCCGCUGAUGAAGAAGAGCGUCGUGGGGGAGCCGCCUGCGAAGCGCCAGGCCUCCCUGCUGGCUUUCGGCGCGGCUCGAGGUGCAUGCAGACACCUCGGGGGGUCGGAGGGCUGCAGGGUCAUGGCCGCCGCUGGGGGCGCGGUGAUCGUGUCGAGUUCCGCGCCCACCACGCCAGACAGCGAGGCGCACGCUGCCAGGCUCCACCACGACGAGCUGGUGGCGUGGGGAGAGCAAACCUGUCAAAUAGACAUCGCAAGCAAGAAGGCUGAGUUGGACGCCGAGCGCAUCUGGGCCACCGACGACGCAUUCCUGGCGCAGAUGAAAGACGGCACUGUGGUAGCUGGGGGGAGCGAUCGUAACGGGGCGGAUAUCCAGAUAGUUAAGAGGGAGCUCGAGAGUCAUGGCAUUCAGCGCGUGUGGGGCACUUGCAGGGCUUUCCUUGCGGCGCUCAACAAUGGCACGUUCGUCGCUUGGGGAGACCCGGAGUACGGGGCCAACAUCUCGGCGGUCUAUUGGGAGCUGAAGGAGAAGGGCGUUCUGGACGUCUGGACCACUGGGGCAGCGUUCCUAGCCGUUCUGGCGAAUGGCCAGGUGGUCGCCUGGGGCAAUGAGGCCUACGGCGCCGACAUCUCCGGCGUCCGGGCGGAGCUCGAGCGCAAGGGUGUCGAGCGCGUUUGGAGCACUCGCGGCGCGUUCCUGGCGCAGACGAAGACCCGAGAGGUGGUGGCCUGGGGCCACCAGACCUUAGGAGGGGACAUCUCGGCGGUGAAGUGCACGCUGGAGAGCCAGCUUCGAAGAACGAAUCAUGGCAUAAACGCGAAUUACUUGGAUCGGCGCUGGCGCCCCGUCUUGGCGCGCGGAGCGCACCAGGGGGUCCAGCGCAGAUCCAACAUUCCGUGCGGACCUCCGUAAGUUUAUGAUUAUGGAGUUGUUCUUCCCCCUGGGGUGUGUUCUGACCAGAAUUUCGAGGCGAAUCCAUCUCCGGCGACGUGGGCCUCCCAGGAGGCCCAAAAAGUCGGAAACUAUGGAACGUGCAGAUUCAAUAAGUCCGCGCGGAGCCCCGUAAGCUUGUUUCUCUGAGCAAAUCCUUGUCUUCUUACUCGUUUGAAUUUCUUUGUCCCCUUAGUUGUAUUAGUAGUAAUAACAAGACCAUUGUUAUUGUUAUGUAUUCGCAGUCGUUUCUGUAUUCAUUACUACUAUUAUUGUUCGUUGUCUUCGACUGCUUCUUCUAGGAGAGCCGAUUGCAGAGCGAGGGCACCUUGCGGGUCGCGAGCUCGUGCGCCGCGUUCCUGGCGGACUUGGGGGACGGCAGGUCGUUGGCCUGGGGCGGCAGGCCCCGCUGGCGGGCCAGCCCGGCUGCGGCUGCGGAAGGCGACCACCGCGAGGAGGUGGCGCCAGAGGGCCCGGGCCAGGAUCCCGGGCCUGACGCGGAGCUAGAGGCCGAGCGGAGAGGAAGCGGAAGCUCGGGCGAGUGGGCAGCCACGGACGGUGCUGGCCAUGGUUUGCCAGUCGCAUCGGAGCCCGAGGCACCAUGCAAGGAGCAGCGGUCGCCCUGGGCGCGGCUCGAGGCACAGGUGGAGGCCGAGAGGCGGGCGAGGGUCGAGGCGGCGAGACAGGUCGGUGAGUUCAGUCGGCGAGUUGGUGAGCUGGAGGCGCAGCUUGAGGCCCAGAGGCGGGCGAGGGCGGAGGCGGCGAGGCAGGUUGGUGAUCUCAGUCGGCGGGUCGGGGAGCUCGAGGCGCAGCUGGAGACUGGAGGCCGAACGCGUGUAAGAGACCGAAUGCAAAGCGGAAAACGAGCGCAAGGCGGAGGACAAGCGAAAAGCGGAGACCGAGUGCAAGGCAGAGGGCGAGCGGAAGGCGGACGGCGAGCGCAAGGCGGAGGCCGAGCGCAAGGCGGGGGCCGCUCGAAGCGACCUCGGCAGGGAUCGCCUGCGAGCGGGACAACGCCAGCAUGGGUCUCGGGCUGAGAGCGACGAGAGAGUACGGGCUGCGCCACCCUGGCGCUGAGGGCACAGAGCGACCCUGGCGACUUCCAGACGAUCCCGUGCAACACCGAGGAGGUGCAGCGGGAGGAGGAGCAGACGGAGAAGUACGGCUGGCUGACUGCCCUCGGCGGUGCCACGGUCUCCCCUGACACUCGUCCGUCGAGGAAAACACAACGGGCAUUUUUGUUUUGGUCUCGUCCCGGGUCCCUGAGCCGGGACCUUCACGGACCGAUCCUGCCUGGGGAGUCCCGCAGAAGUGCGGGGUCGAGAGCUCCAGUCUUGAUUUUUCUGGACGGCGACGUGUUUUUUUUCACGACGUCGAGUCUCGAGGAACCCGUUCCGCGGGCCAAGCCGCAGCGCAUGCCAGGCUGUAGGCAGAUGCACCACGGCGGCGCCUGGGAGUUGGACGUUAGCCGCGUCCUGGAGCCACCGGGUGGCCUCGUGGCAGAAGUUGGGCGACAAGAGCUAUGCACGUAGGACCCGAGUUCGCAGGAACUCGGGUGUGCCGGCGUUGCUUGCAGGGCCCGUCUUGACGGUCCAGUGUUCGGAUGCGUGCAGCGGGUGUUCGCGUCAAACCUCUGACUGGGUCUCGCCGUUUUCCC